CCCACAUCUCGUAUCGCCACAAUCGAGUUCAUCCCCUCCAAGAUGCGUGAUAUGCAUUUUGUUAGAAGGGCAUAUUAAGCCAGUAGACCCGUAUUUCAUCCCCAGCACAUCAUCCAUCCUAGUUUGCACUUGCAUCUCCCGAGCAUACGAGUCAAGAUUGCUUGACCGACACUACCUCGCAGGUAGCUAUACCAAUCUACAGCCUACCUACCUACCUAUCUACCCACAAACUCCAACGCAACUAUCUUACCUCCCUUCCCUUCCCAGAAUCAAACCAAGCCAGAACAUCACCAUCACAAUGUCCAUAAACCCACGAAUCAUCCCCGCCACCGAAACCAACCUCCCCCGCAUUCAUCGCCAUCAACCAGACGACGCAGACGCAGACGCAUUGCACACACAAAGCAGCCCCGAGACAGAGCAAGAUCCCAGCAGGAGUAUCCUAGGCAGGAGUAUCAAGCCGCCCGUGGUACGGCAUUAUAGUUGGAGUGAAGAGGAUCGGAAGCAUGCGUUGCAGGCGAGGUUGUUGGAGACGGAGGGGGAGAUGGGGUUUUCGGAGGUGAGGAGAGGGCAGGGGGGUGGGAUGGGGGAUGAGUAGGAUAUUCUUUUGUGAAGUAUGGAGAUGGAUUUGACGGUGAUAUGUGAUUGAAAGAUAAUGGGAGAUUGAAUGAAUGUGUGUUUGGGUUGUGGUUGUUUGAUGUUUUGAUGUCUGAUUCAGGUGAAUGUAAGGUUUAUGGGGAUAUUCCGGAAGGGUGAAUUCUUUCAGGGAGAUUGUGGGAGAUGAGCAAGCUGGAUCAGUAAUAUAAAAUUGAUGGCAGUGCCAACAAGGAGUACUGUAUCUCUCGAUUGAAGAUGAUUAUUUCAACAUACUUAGUAGUGGCAUAGUUCUUGAAGUAGAAAAAGUAUUGAGUGACG